AUGCCAUCAUCAUCGCCGCCACCGCCAAUGACUACAUUUCUAGAAACAUUCUUAACACAAAUAAACUGUGAAAAAUACGUGUCAAAUUUCAAAUCAUUGGAUUUAACAACGGAAAAUGAAAUUAAAUACCUAGACGUGGAAAUACUUAAAGAAUUGAAAAUAAAUAGUAUAGGUGACAGGAUCAAAAUAUUAAACCAUAUUAAGAAAUCAUUACCCGUUCACUCACCAACUCCUCCAUCUUCUUCUAACUCAUCCUUGGAACAGGAAUAUGAUGAAUUAUUGAAGAAAUUCUCCCAUUUACCUCUACUAUCCUCAUCUGGUACUACUCUCGGUGAUAACUUGGCUCAAAUUGGAGCAAACACCACAAGUCAUCGUGUUAUAUUCAUAUUGAAUGAUGGUUCCCUAAAGAAAAUUAACGUCAAUGGAUGUUUCAAUGCAGAUUCCAUAAAGAAAAGACUAAUCAAAAAAUUACCAAGAGAACUAAUGGUAUCCAAUCAAAGCAAUAACGCUGAGGAUUAUGACGUGUUUGUGGUGGAUUAUGCGAAAAACGUCCUGCAUCUAUUGUAUGACGUGGAAUUGGUCACUAUUUGUCACUCGUUGGAUAGAUUGGAACGUAAUAGAUUGAUCGUGGUUUCUAAGGAUCAAACCCCCAGUGAAAAAACAAUCGCCAUCUCUAAGGAACUUUACCUAUCUACCAUAAGAAGUAUUAGCACCAAUGGUACUACCACUGACUCUACCGAUCACUUGAGAUUGGAAAAUGAAAAGGAUAAUAUAAGAAAGAUUUUCAAUCAAAGACCACCAAGUGAAUUAAUUUCCACUAAUUUAGCAGGAUAUUUCCCUCAUACUGAUAUGAAGAAGUUAGAAAGAACUUUAAAGGAAUCGUAUAGACAAUCUGUGAGAUUAUCAGUGUCAAAUAAUGGAAGAGUACCCAAUAUUGAAUCAAAUAACGUGGGUGAUCUUCUAUUGAAAAGAUCCAAUGCCAUCGACAGUGCAUUAUUGCAUAGUGUCACACAAAGACAUCCUUCUGUUCCUACACUGGCUCCUCCCACAAUCUCACACUUCACUAAAUCUUCUUCUUCGGCACAAUUACGUCAACAACAACAACAACAACAACAUACAUCGUCGGAUAGAAUUGAAUUACUUGCUGAUUCUGAUUCACAUUCCGAUGAUGAAGAUAUAAUUACUUUCCCCACAAAGAUGGUAACUCCAAAGAGUUGGCUAAAGGGGGCAAGAAUUGGAUCAGGAAGUUUUGGGACUGUUUAUCUGGGAAUGAAUGCACAAACUGGGGAAUUAAUGGCUGUUAAACAGGUCGGAAUAACUGCUCCACCAACACCUUCUGCUGUUGUGGACAAAAGUAAGAACAGCAAUAGCAACGGUAGUGGCAAAAAUAAUAGCAACGGUAAGAUUGCUAACGAUCAGGCAAAAAAUUCACCCAAUAUGCAUAAGAAGAUGGUGGAUGCCUUGCAACAUGAAAUGAACCUUUUGAAAGAAUUGCAUCAUGAAAAUAUUGUUACAUAUUAUGGUUCGUCUCAAGAGGGUCCUAAUCUGAACAUUUUCCUCGAGUACGUUCCAGGUGGUUCAGUUUCGUCCAUGCUUAAUAAUUAUGGCCCCUUUGAAGAAUCAUUGAUUGUCAACUUCAUAAGACAAGUACUUAUCGGGGUGGCAUAUUUACAUAAUAAAAACAUUAUUCAUAGAGAUAUCAAAGGUGCUAACAUAUUAAUUGAUACAAAGGGUUGUGUGAAGAUUACAGAUUUCGGUAUUUCUAAAAAAUUGUCCCCUUUAAGUAAACAAGAUAAGAGAGCUUCAUUACAAGGGUCUGUUUAUUGGAUGGCACCUGAGGUAGUUAAGCAAACUGCCACCACUGAAAAGGCUGACAUUUGGUCAACAGGUUGUGUUGUCAUAGAAAUGUUUACAGGGAAACAUCCAUUCCCAGAUUUUUCACAAAUGCAAACAAUAUUCAAAAUUGGUACAAAUACAACCCCCGAAGUACCUUCUUGGGCUUCUGAUCUAGGUAAAGAUUUCCUAUCCAAAACAUUUGAAGUUAAUUACAAGAAAAGACUUUCUGCGUUAGAAAUACUACAACAUCCGUGGUUAGAUACACAGCAUUUUUAA